AUGUCAACAAAAUGGGUAAGUGUUAAUCAUUUUUGGGGAAAUUUAGUUGCAAUGUAAAAAAACUUGUUAACAAUUUUAACUUUCAAAAUUAUAUAUUCCCUUUUUAACCUUAAGCAGUUUUAGGUAAAACUCCACUUGACUUGGCCGCAGCAUACCCGCAAUAAAAUUGCCAUAAGCUGUCUACUUCCACAAGGAGCUAAUGUCACGGCACAUCAGGCUAAAAAAGGCUUCACCGUUCUCCAUGAAUGUAUCGUGGCCAACAACACAACAUUGGCCAAUCAUAUCCUUACCCGGGUGGAUGCGUUAGCCUUGUUCCACAUUACCACACCAGCCCCUGCCCCCCAAAGUGCAAUGACUUUGGCUGCUUGCUGGGGCAUGUCAGACCUGGUGGAGAGCUUGAUGAGAUUGGCUCACAAGAACGGGUUUAAUGUUGGUGGGAUUGCCAAUAGAGAAAUGGAGAGAGCUGGUUGGACUGCUCUUCACUGGGCUGCUGCUGGAGGAAAUGUCGAUUGUGUAAGGAGGAUUCUGGACACGGCGAAAAGCAUCAAAAUUCUUAAGAAAAACGUGUUGUUGCCAGCGAGAUGCGAUUAUAUGGUAAGGAUUUAAACGUUUUCUAUGUUGGUUUCUUAUAGCACUAUUUGUACAAAAUUUCUAUAUUCGAAAGAUCAUUGUUUACGUUUUUACGCAGCCUUGCAAGAAUUUAAAUACAAUUUUUAAUUUUAGCAUCAAAUUGCGCUACAGACAGCAGUAAAGAACAAAUUUCUGGAUGUGGCCGCGGUACUGCUGGAAUACGGAUCUGAUCCGAAUCACACCGAUUACCUUCGUCAAAGCAGCUACACGAUAGCGACGGACAUCGAUGUAAAGACGCCAGGAUUCAAGGCUAAAUUCAACGAAAUUUGCAAAAAGACGAAGGCUCCGGAAGAAAAAGCUGUCAAGACUAGAAAGAGAAUGGCUGCAAAGGUAAGACAUUUACUGUGGUUUAGAAAGAAACUUACAGUAUUUUAAAGUUAGUACUUAUAUGUAGUUUGCUUCAUUCCAUUGUGAUAAAUAAUGUCUAGUAACAGACUGUUGGAAAAUUUUAAAAAUCAGAUAACGUCUUAACGAUAGAAGUUUCAUUUAAUGUUUUUAGGACAAAGUAGAACCAGCUCCAAAACGAACCACGAAAGAUGACAGACGCUCUUUUGAUUCAUGUUAUCAUUCCGACAACUCAGUCGACUACAGCAAUCGCUGCUCUUCAGAAGUGGCCCAACAAUGGUGUCAGACUCCUGUGAAUACUCAGUUCCAAAAUCCAAACUUCGGAUUGAACGCUGUAACGAACACUGCAAAUGCAUCGAACUACAAUUACUACAACAACGGAUCUUAUGGCAUCAACAACAGUAACAUGAUUACUACUACCAAUAUGAAUACUGUCAAUUGUCAACCACAAAAUUGUACUUCUUUCUAUGUUCCCACUAGUGCUAACGCGACUAAUUGGGCUCCAAGCGGCAAUGUUUUGUACAAUCAGACCCCAAAUAUUUCUAUGCCAAUUAACAAUGCUGUUUAUUGUGCUCAAUAUAAUUUGCCAAAUAUGAAUUAUGUUCACAGUUGUCUAUCACAAAACUUUCUUUACAAUUCAAGUCUGUCUGCUCAACCUUUAGUUCCACCACCUUCAAAUUGUAAUGGAAUGUCUUCAUUUUUUGUUGCACCAAAUAACUUUAAUUAUUAAUUUCACAUUUCUAUUAUUUGUACAAUAAAUAAUAAUGUAUACAAUGAGGAUAAGACAUUUUAUUAUAAACAAUAUAAAAUAUCUAAACAAAAACAUUAAAUGAUAGACAGAUUCUAAGAAUGAACUAUCCACAACAAUGUAUAAUACUUCUAAAAUGACACAAUUUCUAAACGUUUUUCUGUCAAAAGUGCAAAACUUGACUUUUCGUGUCAUGUGUUCCUAUUUUUAUUUAUUUUAUUUUUCAGGUAAAUUCAAGCGUAUUUCAGACCUGAUUGAUCGUGUUUUAAGUUUCUAAUUAUUAGUUUACUUAAUUAUUAUUGCUAUUUAUAUUGUUGAACUUGUUUUUGUUAAUUUAAGGUAAAUCCUUUGUCUGUAUUACGUUUUUAGACAGAAAAAGCAAAAGCUACGGGUAAACUUAUAAACUUUAGAUGUUUUCCAAGCUUUUAAUCCAAAAAUACCUAACAUGUGCCAUUAUACAGCCGGUGCGAGGGAAAGCGGCCAAAUUUAAGUCUAGGAUAGCACCAAAAAAAUAAGAUGAAAAGUUCAUGUUGGCUUUGGACAACUUCGACUUUUACUACAGUCCAUUGUUCGGAAAACGAUGGCCAUCAGUUCGAAUUGGUCUACUGAUUCAAAAUAAGUAUGUGGCGGUGCUAAACAGGCUCAGCGAGGAUUAUGAGCAGAAGUUGUAGGUAAUAGAGAUCUGGGGACAGUUGAUGUGAUCGGAUCUUUGAAAAGAGGCAAAGCAUUUGAGAAAGUCAAGGAGAAGGUGGCAAAGACUGGUGAACAAAUUGGACAAGAAGAGACUGGGAUUGUUAUAGAAGGGUUAGAGGAGGAAGACGAGUUCGUGGACCGAGUGAACGGAGGUUUGGUUGAUUUUACAUCUUCUGAAGGAGAUUAUGAGCCAGGACAAGUUAAACAAGAUGUUGUGGAACCAAACAGCAAUCAAAUACAGUAAGUUUACAGGUUUAUGAUUUUUUUAAAUGGACUUAAUUUUAUGUUACAAAUGAGGUGUUUUUUGCGUUUGGAAACUGAUUUUUACAGCUAAUAUUGUUAUAGUGGUAAAACAUCGAUAUUUUGGUAAUUGUUAAAAUUACUUUUUGUUUUUUAAACGUCGUCUACAUCUAUCGGUGUGAUAUUAUUUAGAAUAACAGGUCUAGAAUUUCUGAAUUCUCACCUUAAGACAGAAGAAGGUGUCAUAGAGUACCCGAGUGAUCUGAGGAUACUGUCUUAUGCGAGAGAAGUGUUCGACAACUACCCAGCUCUAAUGAAGGAUAAGAACGGUAUUUCAAGUAAGUGUCUUUACUCCGAACCGAAGUAUGAAGUUUUAAAACUGUUUUACUUUUAUUGUAUAAGUUAUAUUAUAAAUUGAUUUAAACUUUAUAUUAUACUGUUUUCUUUAAGGUUGGUGGUUAUUAGACGGAGGUUCUGUCUUACCAGUACUAGCGUUGGAUUUAAAGGAAGAUGACAACGUUUUGGACAUGUGUGCAUCGCCUGGCGGAAAAAGUUUGAUGAUUAUUCAAUCUGUAAAGUUUGGUACGGUUGUUUGGUUUCGUAUGCCUUAUUUUUAAGGAAAAAAGUCAUGA